AUGAACAGUUCAGUACUGAGGGUGCUGUAUGCUGGUGGAUUGCCGGGGAUUAACACUAAUUGCACUGGUUUUCCCGUCUUGACCCCGAGGAAGAGCUGUCAGUUUCCUGGACUUCACGUUGAGGUAAGUGUGAUUUCUGAGUAUAAAUAAAGAGUUGUAGGACUGUUUAAUGAGAUUUGUGGGUUAGAGGCAAGAACUGCCUCAACGAAAACUUCAAAGCAACUAAUUCUAGAUUUUCAGAUCAUCAAAAGAAUUGCUGAUGUACUCAACAUGACCAUUGAGCCUUAUUACCAUGAAGGUGAACUGCCAGUAGUGGGUUCAAUUGUAAGAUUUUUGUCUGUUUCAAUCUGACAAUGACACCUAAUCUUUAUCAAAGCUUCUUACAAAUUAUAAUAGAAGAUCCGUAUCUUUAUCCUCAAAGUUCAGAUUGACGGUAAAAUCACCGGCUUAAUGGGUUACAUUCACAACGGAUCGGUGGAUACCAUCGCUCUAAUGGUCGGCCAAAGCGAGGAGCGAAGAAAAUACUUUGAAUUCACGGACCCUCUGUACUAUGUAAGAAAACGACUUCAAGAGUAAAAUAGAUUCUCUAGUCUUUGGGCAAGGUGUUCAUAAACAUGCCAGAGAACACUUGGGAUAAAUACUUUGCGUACUUCCAAAGCUAUCAGUGCAAUUCGUGGUUCGCCAUAGGAGUCGCUCUAAUUUUACAAUGCUUAUUAACAGUGUUGGUGCACAAAGUCGAGGGGGAAUUGAAGCAGGUAAAUCAGCACUUCAAGGCCUAGAAAAAUCAUUGAUUUAAGGAGGCAGUAAGGUGCACAAUAAGCGAAUCUGUAUGGCAGAUUAUCCGAUUACAAUUGUUGCAACCGGAGACUUUGGAACACAGCUCCACUGCAGGUAAAAUUUUAUACGUAUCUUCAAAAAAAUUGCAAAUUUUAAGGUUACAUGUAUCACGCGCCAAGUCUAUAUUUUAAAUUUGAGUAAUUUGAAGCUGCUUGAAUUCCCCGACGAUUUUUUCAGGGAAGUUCUCAGUGGUCAUCUUCUCCCUCGUCCAAUGCACCGUAAUCAUGGGCGUUCUGAGUUCCUACAUCUUUUCCAAUCUCGUCCGACCACCUCAACCAAUCCCCUUCAAAAGUUUGUACGAGUUUACAUCCCUCCUCGAGGCAGGGACCUUGCAUUUGGUCGAUGUUUCUUCAACCGGCCCUAUGUAUGACAUGAUUCAGACUUCCAAUGCGUCGGAUCUUGUUCUGCUUCGAAGGGCGUUGAAACAAAAUCCCGUCAGAAAGACCAAUUCCGUUGAGCAUGCUUUGGAAAUGAUGGAUGAACCUGGCGCAGUGCUUGUUCGUUAUGUAAGAAUAAAAUUUAUUGUACAUAGCAGAGAUAAAAUUUCCUCGAAAUUUGCAGGAAGACGAGCAUUUAGCAUUUGAAGCGUAUAAGAAAUGCGAUAUUUACAUAUCCGAAGCGCUGCUCCCACCAUCUCGGGGAUAUUUGAUGUUCAAAAAAGGGUACCCCCGAAUGGAAGAAGUGAACAAAGCGAUUGGAUUGGAAUACCACAACUUCAGGAAGAUGUGGCUCAAGUAUUUGAGGUCCUAUCGAGGACAGCUAGGCUGUUCGCCGCCUGGCUAUCGAAGAAUUGAAGGUAGAAUUAGAAAAAAAUAAGAAUUUGCCAACUACAAUAUAAUUUUAAUCCAAAAAAUAAUUUCAGCGCAUUACCCUUACAUUGGAACUGUUUUAAUGCUCUUUCUCACCGAAUCCCUCGCACUACUAGUAUUCUUCCUGGAAGUAUUUGUUCAUUGCUUCUACCGCCGAAAAUGA